UCUCCCUCUGUGUAUUGUUACGCUUUCCUGUCCUUCGCUUUGUCCCUCCCUUUUAACUCCCUCAAUCACCUUUAUGGCACUUUCUCAAGAGUCUUCUCGAUUUCUGUUUUGUCCUUUUUGCAGACAACUGGAAUGUACCAAAACCACACCAAAGACACCAACAACAACUGCAAUAAAAGUCUUCUCUGUGAUAACAAGCAAAAGCUUGUCCAGGCUAUUAAAAGAAUCAAGCAUGAGGUAGAUGAAAGCAGAGAAGCAGAAAGAGAGACGUUCAUAGAGUCAGUGGAAGUGGAGACCAGUUUUGAUGGCCUGGAACGAGAAAUCAGAGCUGAGUUUCAGAACCUCCAUCGUUUCUUGGAUGAGGAGGAGUGUAAGGACCUGGAGCGACUGAGGAGGGAGAGACAGAGACAACUGAAGCAGCUGAAGGAGAGAGAGAAGAAAAUAGCAGAACAAGGGAGAGGCCUGGAGAGAGCAAUCACAGUGCUCAACAGCAAACUGGCCGAGGACGACAGUCCUAAGCUGCUCAAAGAAAUUCAAGAUCUUAUAAAAAGGUCUCAGGUCAGCUUUGUUCUUCCACCGGAGGUGGACACUGAGGUGCGCUCUGGCCAGUUUGUGGGGCCCAUCCAGUACAGGAUAUGGAAGCAUAUGAAAAGCUGCCUCUACCCAAUCUUGCACCUCCGUAUGGUUUGAGGAAGACAAAGACACCCAGGACAUCGAGGCCAACCCACGACGGUUCCACUACUAUUACUGUGUGUUGAGUCAUCAGCGCUUCACCUCAGGGCGACACUACUGGGAGGUGGAGGUGG